AUGGCUGACAAAGGUCUUGAGGAUGUGCCCGAGGGCCAGAUCGAGUCCAACUACGACGAGAUCACCGACUCCUUCGACAACAUGAACUUGAAGGCCGAGCUCCUCCGUGGAGUCUACGCCUACGGUUUUGAGCGCCCCUCUGCUAUCCAGCAGCGUGCCAUCAUGCCCGUCAUCAAGGGCAACGAUGUCAUUGCGCAGGCCCAGUCCGGUACCGGUAAGACGGCUACCUUCUCCAUCUCGACCCUCCAAAAGAUCGACUCCAACGUCAAGGCCUGCCAGGCGCUUAUCCUCGCCCCCACCCGUGAGCUCGCUCAGCAGAUCCAGAAGGUCGUCGUCGCCAUCGGUGACUUCAUGGACGUCCAGUGCCACGCCUGCAUUGGCGGCACCAGCGUCCGGGACGACAUGAAGGCCCUCCAGGACGGUCCCCAGGUCGUUGUCGGCACUCCUGGCCGUGUCCACGACAUGAUCCAGCGUCGCGUCCUCAAGACCGACCACAUGAAGAUGUUCGUCCUCGACGAGGCCGACGAGAUGUUGUCUCGUGGUUUCACCGAGCAGAUCUACGACAUCUUCCAGCUUCUGCCCCAGAGCACCCAGGUCGUCCUUCUGUCCGCUACCAUGCCCCAGGACGUCCUCGAGGUCACCACCAAGUUCAUGCGCGACCCCGUCCGUAUCCUUGUCAAGAAGGACGAGCUUACCCUCGAAGGUAUCAAGCAGUUCUACAUUGCUGUUGAGAAGGAGGACUGGAAGCUCGACACUCUCUCCGACUUGUACGAGACUGUCACCAUCACCCAAGCCGUCAUCUUCUGCAACACCCGCAGGAAGGUCGACUGGCUCACCGACAAGCUCACUGCCCGUGACUUCACUGUCUCGGCCAUGCACGGUGACAUGGACCAGGCACAGCGUGAUGUCAUCAUGAAGGAGUUCCGUUCCGGAUCUUCCCGUGUCCUCAUCGCCACUGACCUUCUCGCCCGUGGUAUCGAUGUCCAGCAGGUUUCCCUUGUCAUCAACUACGACUUGCCCGCCAACCGCGAGAACUACAUCCACCGCAUCGGUCGUGGUGGACGUUUCGGACGUAAGGGUGUUGCCAUCAACUUCGUCACCGCUGACGAUGUCCGCAUGAUGCGCGAAAUCGAACAGUUCUACAGCACACAGAUCGAGGAGAUGCCCAUGAACGUGGCUGGUAAGCGCAACCUCAUGAGACCGACAGCAUGGCUCGCCCAAAGCAAAGCCAUUGCGAACAUGGCGCUUUCGCAAAGAUCUGUUCGCGCACUGGACCGCCUCCGCACAUAUACGCCUCCGUCAACGCAAUGGUAUGAUUGCCCUCUUACCAGACGCGCCGCCGUCCUCAUAUUGCUCUUUCCGGACCGUCAUGGCGAGCUCAAGGUAGUCCUUACGAUGCGAAGUGUGCAGUUGCGCAACUACGCAGGACAAGCUGCGCUGCCUGGAGGCAAAGCUGACACGAUCGACGAAUCUCCAUGGGACGUCGCGCGUCGCGAGGCUGACGAAGAAAUCGGUCUUCCUAUGAACGACGACAAACUUCGGGGUUUUACCGUCGAACACCUCUGCGAACUUCCCGCAAAUCUGGCCAAGACUGAACUUGGGGUGCGGCCCUGCGUUGCCUUCUUGCGCCCUACCCACGUAUCUGCUUCCUCCGACGCGAGCGGCCUUUCUGUUGAAGAGAAGCUUAUGCCGCGACUCGAUCCCAGAGAAGUUGCUGCUGUUUUCACAGCGCCGUUCCAUAAUUUCUUGCGCAAGGAGUGGGACGGUGAAGGUCCACCCCCAGUUCAGAAAGACGGUAGGCCUGAAAAGUGGUAUCGAGGUUCUUGGACAGACUGGCACGAAUCACGCUGGCGAAUGCACAACUUCUACAUGCCACGGCCUCCUCCAUCUCCAUCUUUGCUACGCAAUCCCUCGCGAUCCUCUCCACAAUCCCCACCAGAGCCCUCAUUGCAACAAAAGUCACCCGAUGGAGAUGACCCGAGGCCGGAACCUAGCGCCAUCGAUACCCUCACGACGUUUAGAGUCUUUGGUAUGACAGCUAGGAUACUAGUCGAUGCAGCCAGAGUAGCAUAUGGCGAAGAGCCGGAGUUCGAGCACAACAGCCAUCACGGAGACGAGGAGAUGAUAGGAAGGCUGCUGAAGAUGGGCAGACUUAGCGAGGUGAGAAAGAAAGGCGAAGUACUGACCCGAGAGGUGCUCAGGGAAGCUAGCAAGAUGUAG